AUGCGACAAACUAUGAUGAACAAAUCGAAAUUUUUAGCAGUUAACGUGGCACGGUUUUUAAUGAAAACUGUUGGCUUUUGGACAGCGGAUACGGUUACCGAACAACGUUUAUUAAAUGCAAUUUUUGUUUACACCAUCAUUGCGAUUGGUUUGGCUUUAUGGAUCGAGGCUUACGAUUUUUAUAUUAGCUUCGGUGAAUUUUACGCUAUAACAUACACUGCUUGCAGUUCGAUGCCAGUUGUAGUAAUUAUAAUGAAGAUAAUUAUUCUUCUACGUAAUCGAAAAGAUAUGAUGAAAUUAAUUCGUUAUACGGAAAAGAAUUUCUGGUUCAACGAAUACGACGAAUUCGGUGAAAAGAUAUUGAACGACGUUAACAUAAAAGGAAGCAUUUUAAUUUGUUGUUUCACGUGUUGCGUUCAAAGUACCGUAUUUACUUACAUGUUGACUCCUAUAAUAGAAAAUAUUGGGAAAAAUGAGACCGACAGAAUUCUUCCUUUCAACGUUUGGUUGGGUGGUUUAGACACUCAUUUAUCUCCAUACUUCGAAAUUGCUUUUCUAAUGGAGUCGCGUAUAAUUUGGCAGGUUAUCGCGUUGAUACAUUCGGGACUUUGUUUCUGUUGUUUCGACAACUUUCUAUGCCUGUUGAAUUUAACAGUAGCCGGACAAUUUCGUAUCCUUCAACAUCGAUUGGAAAUAUUGUUGGAUAAGAGCGUAUUGUCUUAUAUGACACGUGACAAAGUUUGCCAAGUCGAAGAUGCACGAGAAACUUUAGAAGAAUUCAAAAGAUGCGUUAAACAUCAUCGUAUGCUUAUCGAUUAUGUCGAAGAGUUGGAAAAGAUAUUUACGAUGUCUACAUUGUGCCAGUUAUUGAUGUCCGGUAUUUUAUUGUGUGUUGCUGGAUUUCAAGUUUUCUUGGCACGUGGAAUAAUAAUACGUCAAUUCAUAUUCAUAUCACAUAUCAAUGGUUGUUUCUUCCAAUUAUUCGUAAUAACAUUAGCUGCUAAUGAAGUAAUUAUCGAGAGUCGUGCAGUCGGUGACGCGGCAUAUAAUGCUAAUUGGCAGACAUUAUCCUACGAACCAUAUAAAAAUAUUCGAAUGGGAAUCAUAACGAUUAUGGCACGAGCUGAUCGACCAUGUUACAUUACAGCUGGUGGCUUUUUUCCUGUUUCCCUUGAAACAUUUAUGUCGGUAUUAAGUACUGCGGCAUCUUACUUCGCGUUGUUACGUAAGUUUGCCGAAGAUGAAGAAUCGAAUGGCGAAACGAUAAUUUCCUAA